CUUAUUUAUUAUUUUUAUUGUUUGAUUUCUAUAAAGUUUCCUAUAACAUUAUCAUCGUCAUCAUUAUUCCAUGUUAUUUAGGUCAAAAGAAAAACCAACAACACCGGAAGCAUCUAUCAAAGAAUACACCACUAGUGAAGUGAUUGUAGAUGAUCAAUCAUCUGUACACUUUGAUCAUGGUGUUGAACGUGAAGCUCAAGGUUCUAGUUUCUUAGCUUAUUUCAACGUUGUUUGUGUUGUGGCUGGAACAGGUGCUUUAUCACUUCCUUAUGCUUUACGACAAGGCGGAUGGAUCGGUCUUUUCAUUCUUUUUCUGUCAUGGAUGUUCUCUACUUAUACCGGCAUUAUUCUUAUCAAAUGUCUCUAUCACAAUGGACGGACACGAUUAUCAUCUUACCAAGAAAUUGCUCAAGAUGCUUUCGGUACUAUCGGUAGUUGGGUGGCCUUCUUCUUCACUUUUAUCAUCUUGAUUGGUGUAUCUGUAUUAUUCAUGAUGCUUGCUGGUUCUAAUUUAACUGCUAUUUGUCAAGGUACGUCGGCUGAGUUAAGUAUGGAAAUUUGGACCAUCAUUUGUUGUGCUGCUGUGGCUCUUCCUUUUGUCUUUUUCAAAUCGAUGAAAGAAGUUGGAUUUCUCAGUGCAUUUGGUGCUUUGGCAACUGUGAUCACUAUUUUGAUUGUAUUGGUGGAAUCUAUCAAGGACAAGAAAAAUCAUUCAAAUGUACAUACGGAUUCUGUGAUCUGGGAUCAGUUUCCUAUUGCUCUUAGCUCCAUCGUGUUUUCUUUUGGUGGUAAUCCGGUUUAUGCUCAUGUGGAAGCUGGAAUGCGUCGUCCUCAAGAUUGGAACAAAGUGGUGUUUGCUGGACUGACAACAUGCGUGAUUAUUUAUCUUUUGAUUGCUGUGCCAGGUUAUGCUAUUUAUGGUAAUCAAGUAGAAUCUCCUGCUUACAACAGUAUUCCUGAUGGUCCUUCAAAGAUUGCGGCUCAAAUCAUCAUCACUCUUCAUGUUAUCUUCGCAUGUCCUAUCUUAUUGACAGCAUUAUCUUUGGAUCUCGAAAAAUUAUUCAAAAUCUCAUCCUUCCAUCAUUCCCGUUUGGUUGAAAUUGCUCUUCGUAUGACACUUCGUAUUGUGAUGAUUGUUGUCGUGGCUGCUGUGGCAAUCGAAGUACCUUUCUUUGGUGAUUUCCUUAGUUUGCUUGGCGCGUUUUCCAAUUGUGGUUUGGUAUUGAUUUUUCCCGUCGCGUUUUAUCUUCGACUUACUGGUGUUCGGAAUAAACCUUGGUAUGAAUUGAUCGUCUGUUUCUUGAUUGUGGUCUUGGGAAUUGUUGGAUUAAUCUUUGGAUCAAAGUCUGCCAUUCUUAAUCUUCGUGAUGACUUUAACAAAACCUCUUCCUCCUCUUAGUAGUAUAUUUUAUUUUAUGUGUACAUUUAGUUAUACCCCCCUCUCUUUACUGUUUUUUUAUUUGUUUGUUUUUGUCUCUUCUAUUAUUAGAUUAAUUUAUUUAUUUUUAUAAUAGUAAAAUGAUAACUUUAUUUAAUCCCAA